UAUCAAUUCACAUUUUGAUGAUGUCCUCAAGUCCGAACAGGACCAAAGACAAAGCACAUGAACAAGUCCUCCACUAGAACCCUUCAAGCUAUCGGCCAUGAUGAGGGCGACUCCAGCCCAGAGGAAUUUGCUAUCCCAAGAGCUGCCACAAUAUGUACCUCAGCACUUAGAGGAAGAAGACAACUUUCAGAGCCUCCUUCAGACAUGCUCCGUGACAUUAGCCUCUCUCCUUUGCCUCCUGCUAGAUCUCAGACAGUUGACAGUAAGCAAGUUGGAGUUGUCAAACCGUAUGCUGUGGUCGACCUUCAUGAAACUUUAAAGCAAAUACAAUCUCAGGAUCAUUUUUUAAGACCCCGAGUGGGUUCCUGUGGUACUGUGUUCCUCUACGAUGCAACAAAGAGACGAAUUGAGGCACCUCUUGCACUCCAGAGGAGAGAGAGGAAGGAGAGGAAAAGCAUAGUGCCAAAAAGAAAAGCACCACCUCCUCCGGUAACUCGAUCACCAGGACAUGCAUAUGGUGGAAGAGCAAAGAAGAAUACACUGACCACUGGAAAUAGAAUGAGCCGCUCCUCCAGCGUACCAACACCAUUGAUAACUGAUGCAGAGGAAGAGGUGCACAACUCAAGUGUAUUCAUUCCUCUUAAUGAUGUCUCCAAGAGCAAGGAGAAGAGCCCACCAUGUAAGCCACCGCGAACACAGAGCACUUACAUGAGUUUUGAUGAAGUUGCAAUCGGAGCCAAAACAGCUUGCAGUGAUUACGAGCCUCUCCACAGAUUCUCGCAGCAAAAUUCACCAAGUGGGACAAUGAGAAGCAGUAUCACUGCAACAAUCAGUUCUGAUGUAGCAAUAGCUUCACUCUCAUUGCUGCACCAGUUCCAGGAAUUGUUUGAUGAUACUCUAGGAAACAUUGCAUCAAGACAUUUUGAAGAGUUGACCUCAACAGAUCAGCACCUUCAAGACAUGAACUGGUCUGAUAUAACUGACAGUGUGGAUCUCAAAAACAAGCAUCAACUCUACUUUCAUAUGCAACCAAUUUCAUUAGAGCCUUUGGAUCGAGAUAGACACAGAACCGAACUGAGCAUAGCAAAGACUCUAACGCCACACUUAAACCUUUCUCUACCUCGUGGGACUCUACAGCAAGCCCCAGUGGAUUACAUUGAGUUCCUGCCAGAUGCCAAAGAGUAUGUUGUACGGGACACUUCAUGUCUUCCUGAUAAAGUCCCACUGGAAAAGAUCCUACCUUUGUGGAACAAAUCGCUCAGUGAGGAGGAGUACAUGCAAGCAGUUCUCUUAAUACUAGUCCAAGUCCUCCGUGGUCUAAACUACCUGUACAAUAAUGGGAUAGUUCAUCGUGACAUUGGAAUAGAGUCCCUCCUUGCUUGGACUUAUAGAUCAUCUGCAGACCACUGCAUAAUAAAACUAAAGAAUUUCACGUAUGCUCUUCAUCGUCCAGGACCUAUAUCGGCUACAACUUUUGUGUUUGCUUACGACGAGCUAUCGUGGCUUGGAGGAGUAGAGUCUCACCUUCCUCCAGAGAUUGUUGAUACCCCAUCUAAUGUCAACACGUUGGACUAUUCCCACACAGAUAGCUUUGCAGUAGGGUGCCUCAUUCACGAGCUAAUGACAGGGACGUCACCAUUCGACAAAGACCCACAACUAGUGUACAAGACAUACACCCACGAUGACCUUCCAUCGAUAUCAAAUGAAAUCAAAGUCUCUGUAUAUUUAGAAACACUCACCUACCUUCUUUUGUCUAGGGAUCCUUUGAAACGACUUGGGCUAGGCGACGCUUUGCUAUUGACACAAUCGAUGCUAUGGCUACCACACUCUUGGCUGGAGUGCUCGCUGCCAAAAACCGACAUUGAGAAUCACUUGCUGUUUCUCAAGGGAAAGACGAUAGCUCAAAUUGCUCAACAAGACGCUCAGGAUCUCCUUGCUUUGGAGACGGUGCUUAAAGCCGACUUUCUUGCGACGUGCGACUCUUCACGUCUCGUACGAGCAUUAGCCGUCAUGAAUAACAAGAUGAAUGAACAAAGGAGCAGCAAAUCUCAAUAAAGACUGUGUUAAACUCAAAAUAAAUAAACAUUCUACAUACACAGAUGCUUGGUCUGUUUUUGAUAUGUCAGAAAGUUGAGUCUGUCUCUAUUGUAAA